AUGGCCGACCCCGCGACGAAGACUACCGGGUUCUCGAGUGAAGACUCGAAGCAAGAUUGGCUCCAAUCCAGCGUUGAGCUCGAGAAGGCUGCAGCAAGCCAUGCGACCGAGUCCGAGACGGAUGACGCGCAGAUGGCGCGUGAGGUCGAGGAGUUCGAGGAUCGACCCCAGCGGAACGAGGCCGCGGAAGAGGAAUACCUCGUGCAGGAGGCAUACGAGGUCGCCGUUAAGGUGCUAUCGACGCACGACGAGCCUGAACUCCAGGCGCUCACGUUCCGCACAUUCUUCCUCGGACUGGGGUUCUCCGCGUUUGGCGCCGUUCUCGCCCAGAUCUACUACUUCAAGCCCCAGACGCUCGGGGUGUCCUCGCUUUUCUUACUCAUACUCUCUUACUGGUUCGGAAAUCUCAUGGCGCUGCUACCGUCCAAGGGGAUUUGGCGUUUUGUGAACCCCGGACCGUUCAACCUCAAGGAGCAUGUCGCUAUCAUCAUCAUGUCCUCUACCGCGGCGACCUCUGCGACGGCCAUCCAAGUCAUCUCCGUCCAGGACUUGUACUACAACAACACGCUCAACCCUGGCCUCGCUAUAUUCACGCUUAUUGGCUCCCAGCUCCUAGGGUACGGUUACGCUGGUCUGUUGCAGGACUUGCUCGUUCGUCCCACCAAGUGUUUCUGGCCGUCCACGAUCUCGACCGCGAACCUCUUUCAAGCGCUGCACUAUGACAACCAGAUGACCUCGAAGCGCGUGCGUCUCUUCUGGACGGUCUUUCUCGUCAUGUUUGUCUGGGAGAUCAUCCCACAAUGGAUCUUCCCGCUCUUGACCGGAGUGACGAUUUUCUGUCUCGCUAACAACCACAGCCCCGUCUUCCGAAACAUAUUCGGGGGCGCGAGCAACAACGAGGGCAUGGGCCUCCUCGCCUGGUGCUUUGACUGGAAUUUGAUCGGCAGCGGAUGUCUGUUCAGCCCACUGUGGCUGCAGAUCAACCAGGACAUCGGCAUCUUCUUGACGUACAUCCUAAUGGCGAGUGUGUACUACGGCAACCUGUGGAGGGCGAAGGACUUCCCCUUCAUGUCCCAGGCGAUCUUCGCGGCAGACGGAUCACAAUACAACCAGACUGCGUUGCUGACCAACGGCAAGUUUGACCCCGUCAAGUACGAACAGCUUGGCCCCGCUUUCUUCUCCGCCACGAACGCGCUCUACUUCAUGACCUCCAACCUUUCGCUCGGGGCAACUUUCACGCACGUCUUCUUCUGGAACUGGAGGGACAUCAAGCCGUUCCUAAAGACGUUCAACCCGUGGAACAUGGAGGAGUUUGUGGUUCACGAUGCACACUACGAGAAGAUGAAGGUCUACAAGGCGAUCCCGCGUUGGUGGUACUUCGUGCUGCUGGCCGGCGCGUACGCAAUCGCCCAAUCGACCAACUAUGAGGGCCAAUCCGGCUUGCCGUGGUGGGCGUUGACGAUCCUGCUCCUCAUCUCGCUCACGCUCUCGCUCCUCUUCGCCAUCCUCGCGGCCACGAUUGGCUUCUCCGAGUUCACGACGUCCGCGAACGGCUUCUACCAGAUGAUCGUCUCCUACCUCGUCCCGGGCAACCCGAUCGCGAACAUGUACGGUGCGCUGUACGGGCAGCACCCGCAAGGCCAGUGUAUCGCGAUGCUCCAGGACCUCAAACUUGGCCAGUACACCAAGCUCCCACCACGCGUGACCUUCACGAUGCAGAUUUUUGGCACCGUCGUCGGUGCCGUCCUCAACUACGUGAUGAUGGUGUCGAUCAUCAACGCGAACCGCGCGGCGCUUCUCUCCAUCUCCGGCACGCGCCUCUGGUCCGGCCAGAACGCGCAGUCGUUCAACACGAACGGGAUCUCGUGGGGCGGGCUCGGGCCGCAGAUGUUCGGCGCGCAGGGCGUGUACCACAUGGUCCCGAUCUGCCUCGCGAUCGGCGUCUUCCUCCCGCUGCCGUUCAUCGCGGCGUGGUACAUCUGGCCGAAGGCCGGGUUCGAGAACUUCAGCACGCCGAUCAUCCUCCAGUACUCGUGCGUGCUCUCCGUGGGCGUCAACACGCAGGUGAACGCGGGCAUGGUGAUCGGCAUCUUCUCGCAGUGGUGGGUGCGCACGCGCUACCCGCGCUGGUUCACCAAGUACAACUACAUCGUCGCCGCCGCGCUCGACGGCGGCACGCAGGUCAUCUCCUUCAUCCUCAACUUUGCCGUCUUUGGCGCGAGCGGCACCCCGCAUCCGUUCCCCGAGUGGUGGGGCAACGACCUGAACCUGUCUGCGGACCGCUGUCUGGCGCCUGCCAACUAG